UUUUGUCUUUCAGGGAAUGAGAGCUUCCGGUUUUUUAAGGCGUGUCCUCUAGUGCUGCAUUCAUGUGUCGUUUUGAAAUUAGGUACAUUUGAGAUUUUUUCGCUGUGCUGGAAAACUCCAGAGCAACCAAGGUUGGCACUCUCAUAAAAGAAACAGUUGGAUGGCUGAGUGUAUUUAAUUGCUUCCUGGCAGUCUUGGGUGUCACAGCGCAGGCAAACACAACCCACUAAAUCUCUUCAGUUUAGGGGUUCACUGCGUUUCUUACUCUGAACCAGACUGACAAUGGAACUGUCUUGUGAGUCAGUGCGAUAUACAGAGGACAAAAUGAGACCGGCCAGCAGGAAGUUUGUGGAGCUUCAUGUGCUGUUUGUGCCAGCUGACCAGUGGAAUAUGAAACUAAAUAAAGUCCCAGCUAAAGCCGCAGAGACCUUUAUUUCUGCUGGCUUCAUCAGGGUUUAUCCUGAAACCACCCUGCAGACUCUGAGGGGUGAGCUGGGCGAUCUUCUUGGCAGAGGAGUCAGGAGCAUCCAUAAAUUCUCCUUCCUGAAAUGUGUGGGUCGCAGUCUGGCGCUGGUCAAAAGUAAACAGGAGACGGAUCUGAAAGUGAAAACAUUCGCCCCACCAUAUGCGGCCCAGCCAGAGCUAUACCUGCUGCCCACACUGGAGACAGACAGCAGUUUCGGCUCCCAGUCCUUCACCACGGAUUCCAGCAGCAGCUCCCCAGAGCAGCAAGUCUAUCUCCACCCAUCCAAGAUAUUCGGUGUGAAAACAGGGACAAAGAAGCCCAUUAAAUUCCCCCACAUCCCCCAGUGUUCCCAGCAACCGGUUCCUGCCUCUGGGCUGGAGGAGGAACAUGAGGAUGAAGAAGAUGAAAAAAACAGUAGCUCCUCCCCAGAGGAAGCUCCAAGCUUCAUCAGGAGAGCAGAGCUGGAGAACCGUGCAGGGAAGUCUCGGAAUCAAAGGGCGCUGCAGCUUGUUACACUUAGAAAAGCUUUAGAGGGAUGUGAAGCUGAUUCAGCCCAGGCGAUGUGGUCACCAGAAAAUGAGGAGACCUGGCAAAAAACAAAACAUGAACACAGAGACAGACAUUCAGGGGCAGCGGGGUCUCUGGAAGACCCGGAUUUAGGCUUUUUGAUCACAGACAGUGUUGGGAAAUAUAAGUGCAUAGAUCCACAGACAGAGAGGGCCAUCAGAAACAAACCAACAAAUGGGGUAUUGGAAAGGCCAGCCGUGUUUUCGCAACCUGUUCAGUGCACAACUUCACCCCGAGGUCCAGACUUGGCCACCAAUAAAGCAGCUUCUGCUUCUCCAGUGUUUCUCACAAACCAGGCGCUAAUGGAGGAAAUAAAACUGGUGAGGGAGGAGAGGACGAAGCUGGAAUGGACAAGACAGCGGGUUUUGAGAAAGGGAAAAGACUUGUUGGCUCAGAACCGACACCGCAGGAAUCAAGCACGUGACAGCUGGAAAAAGCAAUACUUUGAAACCAAGAAGGCCACAGGAACACUGGAGGAACAUCUGAGAAACUUGAGACAGGAACUGGAAAUAUUUUACAACAAAGUCCUGCAUCAGCUCCAAGCCAGAGAGAAAGCAAGGCGACACGGGAUGUCCUCAGAAAAGAAUGGGCUCAUCAUUCAGAUCAUGAGGGAAAGCUAUGAGAUCGACAACUUGAAGAGGAAGGUAGAAGAUGCCAAGAUGAAGCUGAUAACAGAGACGAAGUUGAGGAAGCAGGCUGCUGCAGAGCUCAAAGACCUGAAGGCUGAACUUGCACAGAAAAAAACAUCAGUCAUCUCCUUCCUGGAUGGACUAGAAACACAACAUGAGGCAAAACACAAGUUUAAAGCAGCUUCAUCAACAACCUGAAGAGGACUGCUCCUCCUAGCCUUUAAAAAUGGACCACUGUGCCAGAUAUUUGUAGCUGUUUGUAUGUGGUUCAAUGAUUUUCUAACUUUUAUAAACUGAACACAGGUUUUC